CUGUGGAUAUAUUUUGGACAUUUGAGGACACUUGCAGGUGGAAGCGACUCACAGAGCUGCCGUUUCAUCCAUGAACCUCAGGCUGUUCACGGAAAGAGUGUUCAUGGUCUGCUGAAGCUGAACACCAGCGUGUGUCAACAAUGGGGUACAUUCAGAAGACAAAGAGUGUUUUGAAAUGCGUGCUGUGCUUCCCGAUCAUGCUCGGUGUUUUCUACUUCACCUCUCCGUCUCUAAGACUUCUGAUAGGUCUGAUACCGAUGGACAAGUGCUCUCUGGAGAGCGGGAAGAUGCUGACUCUGGACAACAGCGUCGACGCCAGCCUGGACCUGCGGUCUAGACGUGACGUCCAAACGUGCACAUCUUGGAAAGCUCCCAUCAUCUGGGAGGGGAUGUUCGACCCUGAUCUCUAUGACCGGGUGCACAAGAAGGAGGGCUCCUCUGUUGCUCUAACUGUGUUUGCCGUGGGCAGGUACCUGGACGAAUACCUGGAGACCUUCCUGAACUCAUCAGAGCAGCACUUCAUGUUGGGUUUGCCCGUGUCGUACUACGUGUUCACCGACAUGCCAGAGAAAGUGCCACAAAUCAAACUCGGUCCUCAGCGAAGCCUCAAAGUGAUCCAGGUGGAGCGGCACGCCAGGUGGCAGGACAUCUCCAUGAUGCGAAUGAAGGCGAUAUUCGAUACGAUCGAGUCGGACAUUCGCCACCACUGCACGCACGUCUUCUGCUUCGACGUGGAUCAGGUGUUUUCUGGGAGGUUCGGUUCUGAGGCUCUGGGGGAUUCGGUGGCUCUGCUCCAUGCCUACUACUACCGCUUUCCAGUGACGCUCUUCACCUACGACCACAACCCAAAGUCCAAAGCGUACAUGAAGACUGGAGACUUCUACUACCACGCUGCAGUCUUUGGAGGCUCGUGGAGAAGCGUGAAGGCCCUGACUGAGGCCUGCUACCAGAACAUCAUGGAGGACAAACGAAAUAACGUGGAGGCUUUGUGGCACGACGAGAGUCACCUGAACAAGUACUUUUGGCUUCACAAACCAAGCAGGCUGCUUUCUCCAGAGUACUGCUGGGAUAACGGUAUCAGCUACAGAGGGGACAUUCGAGUCACUCGACUACUGUGGGCACCAAAACAUUAUGAUACUCUGCGCACACCGUAGUGUGUGUGAAGGUAGACGUGCAGAAAUGUGCCAAGCUGCCUCGUAUGCAGCGCCUGUGAAGAGUAUUCAUGCAGUUUGUGUAGUCAUGAGUGUGUACUUUAGGUCAUUGUCUUGCUGGAAAACGAAUCUUCUCCAAAGUCGAAUGUUCUGUUGCACCGAGUCGUCCUUCAGGAUUUCUCUGUACUUUGCUGCAUUUAUUUCACCCUCAGCUUUUACAGGCCUUCCAGGCUGCUGCAGAGACGCAUCCACACGUCAUGAUGCUGCCACCACCGUGCUUCACGGUGGAGAUGGUGUGUUUGUCAUGAUGUGCAGUGUUUGGUAUCUACCAAACAUAGCAUCUACUGAUGGCCAAAAAGGUCACAUUUGGUCUCAUCAAACCAAAGAACCUUCUUCAUGUUACCUUCAGAGUUUCUUACGUGUGUUCUGGUGAACUGUGGACGAGAUUCAAUGUUUUUUCAACUGGGGCUUUCACUUUGUCGCUCUUCCACAAAGCUUUGACUGGUGAAGAUCAGGCAGCUGUUGUUUUAUGGACAGUCUGUCCCAUUUCAGCAGCUAAAGCUUGUACCUCCUUCAGAGGAGUCAUAGGAGUCUUGGUGGCCUCCCUCACUAGUCUCCUUCUAGUACCUCCUUC